UUUCCUUUUAAAAUGCGGGGUAGCGCAGGAUGUUGACAAACAUAGGCUUGGCGAUGGAAUGUUCAAGCCAGACAAGGAAACUCGUCAGGGGCAUAGGCUGGCGAGAACUGGGGCUGUCGAGGAAUGCGGCAGCACAGAUUGGUGAUGUCUAUGGGCUUGGCGAUGGAAUGUCCAAGCGAGACAGGAAAACUCGUCUGGGAUAUGGGCGGACGAGAAUUGGGGCUGUCAAGGAAUUCAGCAGCGCAGACACUAGGAGCUUGCGCGCAGAUGGGAAUUCGGCAGCGCAAGAUUUGGCUAGCUUGCACGCAGAUGUGAAUGCGGCAGUGCAGACAUUGGGGCCUGCACGCAGUUGUGAAUUCGGCAGCGAAGGAAUUGGGGCCUGCACGCAGAUGCGAAUUCGGCAGCGCAGGAAUUGGGGCCUGCACGCAGAAGCGAAUUUGGCAAUGCAAGAUUGGGGCCUGCACGCAGUUGUGAAUUCGGCAGCGCAGGAUUUGGGGUCUGCACGCAGAAGCGAAUUGGGCAGUGCAAGAUUGGGCAGCCUGCACGUAGAUGUGCAUUCGGCAGCGCAGACAUAGGGGUCUGCACGCAGAUGCGGAUUUGGCAUCGCAGUAUUU